UGCGGCCACCAGCUCCGAGCGCGGCUUCCCGGGCCGGCGCUGCGAUGGGCUGCGGGAACUCCACCGCCACCAGCGCGGGCGCGGGCCGCGGCCCUACAGGAGCAGCUAAAGAUGCAGCAGAAGAAUCCAUAACAGAAGAUGACAAGAGGAGAAACUAUGGAGGAGUGUAUGUUGGUCUACCAUCUGAAGCUGUCAAUAUGGUAUCCAGUCAAACAAAGGCUGUUCAAAAAAGUAAAUUAGAAGAAAAUAUCCUGACUCAAUAAUCAAGAGCUUGCUCAUCAAGAUUUGGAAGGAAUUUCACUCCAUGGGACAUUGUAAUGUUCACAGACAUUUCCAAGGAAAUUCUAAAUAGUCACCUCCCCCCGACCUCCCCAAUUCUUAAGUCUAUAGUUAAAGCCAUGGGUACAUGUUGAGUGUUGUGGUACUAGAAAGGAAUUGGUUAAACAAUACACUUGUAUAUGGAACUUUCUGUGGUCCACCUGCAAAAGACAAGCUUACAGACUGUCGUGGAGGCGGCUCUUGCCCUGCUGGCCUCCAGCAGCGUAUUCACCCUGGCCAUUCAACACAGUUCAUGAAGAUCAUGUCUUUUCACGAAUACUUUUUUGAUAGUUUUUAUAUAACAAAAUCCUUAUUCUAUUUAUAACAAAAUAGUAAGGCACUAUAAAUGAGUUACCCAAAGUAAUAUAUUUGUCUGUUAUCUUUCACUAUUUCUACUUCACAUUAGUUUUUAGCUGUAAUAUUGUUAAAUUGAUUCGUACUGUUAUCUCUUUCCCUUUUUUACUAUUUAGUUUUCAGCUUUGUUUAAAUGUCGGAGACUUUAUUAGGAACAAUGUAUUACCUUGCAAUUUUUUAAAAAUGAACUGCUGAAAUUUGCAUGCCGUAUGCACAUUUUGAUUACCUUCGUAUUUUCUUUGGUCAAAGGCUUAUGUAACUACAAAUACUUCCUAGCCAGUGAGUCUCCCAUUCUACCUUUGUGUGAUCACGGCAUCUCAUCAUGUUAAUUCUAUAUUAUUUUCAAGGACUUGUGACUGAUGGUUAGUGGGAUAUUUGGAAAGUUCUUAAUUUGAUAAUGACCAUGUGUAUCCACUUAGUACUGCAAUGUAAGUUAUUCAAUUUAUCAAUGUAUUUCAAUAAUUAAAACAUUUUUAUCCCUCUUUA